CUGGUGACGUUAUAGUGACUUCCCAUGUGUACGGAAGUUGAUAGCAUGAAAUCUCUAAAGCUGUAUGUAGUCAGGUCUGGUCAUACGAUCCACCAGAAAAGACAAAUUGCACAAAAAUUAGUACAGAUUCAUACUUCAUAACGCACUGUCCGUAUCUGUGAGUCUGCUCCUUUUCACGGUGCAGUUUCUGGAGAAGCCUUGUCAUACGCCUCAAAGAAAGAGGGCUAGCUAGCUAGCUGUACGAUGAGUUCCCAAGAUAUGUUGAAGAAUGCCUCCACUCUCGCGUCAUACAAUGUCUUGCUUCAGGUCAUGUUUCGUGUGCUCACCUUUUUGCUGAACGCAUUCACGCUGCGCUUUGUGUCCAAAGAGCUGAUUGGCGUGGUCAACGUCAGGUUGACACUGCUGUACUCCACGCUGGUCUUCUUGUCCAGAGAGGCCUUCAGGAGAGCCUGUUUGAGUGGCGGAACAGAUCACAACUGGAGACAAGUCAUCAACCUGCUAUGGCUGACGUUGCCACUGGGUGUACUAUGGGCAUCUCUCCUUGUGUGUGUGUGGCUGUGGCUCCUGGAGGUUCCGGAUCCCCUGACUAUCCCCCACUACGGCCCCGCUGUGGGGCUCUUUGCCCUGGCCGCACUGCAGGAGCUGCUGGCUGAGCCUCUCUGGGUCCUGGCUCAGGCCCACAUGUUUGUCAGGCUGAAGGUGGUUGCUGAGAGCCUGGCCAUGGUGGCUAAGUGUGUUCUGACAGUGGUGCUGGUGGUCUCUGCUCCUCAGUGGGGGCUCUACAUAUUCUCUGCUGCUCAGCUGGUGUACACAGGGUUCCUGGUGCUAUGCUACUUUGUCUACUUCCUGCGUUUCCUGGGCUCUGGGGAGGCCAACAGGAAGUACUUCCCCCUGCAGCGUGUAGCAGACCUGCUGCCCUCCAGUGUUGAAGGAGAGCCUGUGAUUGACUGGACGUUGGCCAGGCUGACGUGGAGCUUCUUCAAGCAAUCCUUUCUGAAGCAGAUCCUGACGGAGGGCGAGCGUUAUGUCAUGACCUUCCUCAAUGUGCUGAGCUUCGGGGAGCAGGGCGUGUACGACAUCGUCAACAACCUGGGCUCAAUGGUUGCCCGUUUCAUCUUCCUGCCCAUCGAGGAGAGCUUCUAUGUCUUCUUUGCCAAAGUUCUGGAGAGGGGGCGGGACGUCAGGCAGCAGAAACAGGAGGAGGUUGCCAUAGCAGCUGAAGUUCUGGAGUGUCUGCUGAAGCUGGUGCUUGUGAUUGGUCUGAUCAUCACAGUGUUUGGUUACGCCUACUCUCACCUGGCUCUGGACAUCUAUGGGGGAUCUCUACUGAGCAGUGGUGCAGGGCCCAGUCUGUUGCGAUGCUACAGCUCCUAUGUGCUCCUACUGGCCAUUAAUGGAAUAACUGAGUGCUUUGUCUUUGCUGCCAUGAGCAAGGAAGAGGUUGACAGGUAUAACCUGGUGAUGUUGGCUCUGUCUAUCUCCUUCCUGCUCCUGUCUUACAUGCUGACGUGGUGGGCAGGGGGCAUUGGCUUCAUCCUGGCUAAUUGUCUGAACAUGGGCCUGCGUAUCCUUCACAGCCUGUUCUACAUCCACCGCUACUUCCUGUCAAGCCAGUGGACGCCUCUGCGCGGCCUGAGGCCCUCCCCUCUUCUGCUGCUAGCUCUGGCUCUCAGUGCAGUCCUCACUGCUCUCUCUGAGGGUGUGUUCUGUUGUGACGGAGGAUGGUUACUAAGGCUGGUUCACAUCGCCGUGGGAGCCGGGUGUCUACUGGGUGUACUUGUCACUGUCCUUCUCACAGAGACAAAACUUGUUCAGUUUGUUCGGACUCAGCUCUUACCCCGCUAUGGGAAGAAACACACCUAAACCUGCCCAGCAGAGGAGUAACCUGCCAAUUAUUAUGAGAGAGAGAGACAGGAUAAUCCGAAUGGCAGAAGGAUACAUAGAUCUGAACACAGUGACUUGGAGGGGAAUGUGGAAACAGCUGCAAUCCUAAGUGACCCUGUCAUGGACUGAGGGUGAAGUUGGAAUGAGCAGCUCACUGGCCAAACGUGUGUGUGUGUGUGUGUGUGUACAGUAAGGUCUAAAAAUAUUGGCAACAUUGAUAAAGAUGAGCAAAAACACUGUAUAAAAUAAAUACAUACAAAUUCUGAGCUAUAUUGUAUGCUCAAAUUUUGGGGAAAUUAUAUUAUUAUAUACUUUAUUAUAUACUAAUACAAUUGCUCAGAGAAAGAGAUUUUGUUUAACAAGUAAUGUUCGUUUUUUUCUCAAAAAGAUAGUGGUCAAUACUCCAGCACCCCAUGCGAGGAUAAUGGCACUGAGCCUUUUCCUAAAAUGUUUUAUGAGAUUGGAGAACACAUUGGGAGGAAUCUUAGACCAUUCCUCCAUACAGAAUCUUUCCAGAUCCUUGAUAUCCUUCAUCUGCUGUUAUGGACUGCCCUCUUCAAUUCAAACCACAGGUUUUCAAUGGGGUUCAAGCCUGGAGACUGAGAUGGUCAUUUCAAAAUGUUGAUUUUUGUGGUCAAUUAACAAAAAAAAAGUGCAUUUUAAUGUGUGCUUGGGGUUAUUGUCUUGCAGGAAAAUCCACUUGUAGCCAAGUUUCAGCUAAAUUGUCCUGGUACGGGGUAAAGUUCAUGUUGCCGUUGGGACCCCAGGACCAGUGGAAACAAAAUAACCCCAUAUCAUCAAUGAUCCACCACCACCAUAUUUUACACACUUUUACUGCAUAUGCAUCUGUCUUUUGACACCAAACCCACCACUGAUGUGCGUGGCCAAAGAACUCUAUUUUCAGCUCAUCUGACCAUAGCACUGGUUCCAGUCCAAAUGCGUCUAGCAAACUCCAGGCGUUUACAUUUAUUGGAUGACAUGAACAUAGAGCUCUUUUUGUGUGUACAGUAUGAGCAAGCACUGAAAACACUGUUUCACCUGCACAUUGUUGAUUUUUAAAAUGUAAACUGCUUGAGAGUGGUAGGCUAUUUUGUAACCAAAUUAGGUUUUGAUAAAUAAAAGCAGGUGGAUUUUGA